UGUGUGUGUGUGUGUGUGUGUGUGUGUGUGUGUGUGUGUGUGUGUGUGUGUGUGUGUGUGUGUGUGUCGUCUCGUUAUCAUGGUAACGUUAAUGUAAACAAAGGAAGUCCAGUGCGUCAAAUUGCGGCUCAUCGCUAACCCAUAUGGCUAGCUAAUUAAUUAGCUAGGGUUUAGCAUGAUUUCGUGGAUUGACUUGUUAUAGCCUAUAUAACAGUAAAACACUAAUUUUUUCUCGAUUUCAUCAGGCUCAGAGCAGCAUGUCUUAUGCACAGUCUCCCAAAAAGACGGGACUACCAAGAGAAGUCGUGAAAUGGCUGCUAAGCCUCGACUUGUCAUUUUAUCCGAAGAAUGUUCGCAGAGAACUUUCCAAUGGUUAUCUUGUGGCAGAGAUAUUGUCUCGUUAUUACCCCCAAGACUUUCCAGUGCAUUCAUAUGACAAAGGAAUAUCACUUUCUGCCAAACAGAGGAACUGGAGCCGGAUAGAGAGGUCUUUACAGAAGCAGAAUUUGCACUUGAUGAAAGAGGUCAUUGAUGGAUCCAUCCACUGUAAACCAAGAGCAGCUGAACUGUUGGUGCAGGAGGUUUAUACUAUUUUAACUAACAGGAGUAUCAGAGAUGUUCAGGGCCCAGAGUCAGACUUCACUGACCAGGAGUACCAGGAGCUUCUACCCACACUGGCCCGCUCCACGGCCUCCAGGGCCAUCAAGAACAACCUGAGGAUAACGGAGAUCAUGGCUGAGCCCGAUAUCAGCACAAACCAGAGGAAGGCAGAAGUCAUCCUAAGCAGGCACCUGGACCACAAGGCCGCAGAGAGGGUUUCUAACCCUGGACGAUAUAAAGUGAAGCCUAAGCUGGGUCGGCCGGCAGCCAAAAAUCUUGUGACAUCCAGCCGCGGUGAUGACACUAUAUCAAAGUUCUGCUCCUCGUCGACAUGGAGCGGUGCUGCUGUUUCCUUUAAGGAAAUAAAGGACAUGUCUGUUUGGACCAGUAGAUGGCAGCAACAAGUCACGAGUAGAGCUCUUUCAGACUCAAACCCACUGCUAUACCGUAUGUGUACCAUUGACAAAAAGAAGAAAUAAAUGCAGCAAAAACCGAA